AUGAUUUCUACUUUACGAGCAAGCAAAUAUUGUCAUUUGCCAUUUUAUUCACGACAUUUUUUAUUACAUGAUCGAUCAACAAGUAUAAACCCCAUAUCUCAAAUUUUCAUAUUAAGUCAUAAUUAUGCUAUUGGCACGAAAAAAACUGCAGCAACUUCAAAAAGUAGUAAUAGUCCAAAGAAAAUAUCAAAAAAAGAACUUACAAAGAAACCUGUUAAGAAAAGGCAAGAAUUAAUGACUAUCGAUAAAUUAGAAAAACUGUCAGAUGAAUUGUUAAAGACUCUUUGGGCAGAAAAGAAAACAUUAGCAAAAGAUUUGAUGACAGAAAAGGUAGAGUGUGCAGCGUCAUGGCAAGAUAUUGAACAAUUUCGACCAAAUGUUAAAGAAUUAGAAAGUAAAAGUUUUCAAAUAUUAGCAGAAAAACUUAAUCGUUCAUUUUUGGUUUCACAUUUUUCAAAUUAUUUGAGAGCUAAUCAACAAAGUGCGGGAGGAACUAAAGAAAAAUUGAUAGAAAGAGUAAUUGAACAUAUCUGGCAAAUCAAAAAAAUUAUUCCUGAUCCAUCGCUAUGCAUUAUAAAAGAAGAUGUGAUAUCAAAUCCUGUUGAUAUUUAUUUUAUUCUUGGGCAAGAUGGAGUUACUCUAGAUCAACUAGAAAAGGGAACUGACACCAAAAUCAAUGUCAAUACUAAUCCACAUUCUUACACAAUAUAUGGCACAAAAAACAAUAUUUUAAAAGCUAAAGAAGAAAUUAAAGGAAUAACGGAAUAUAAAAAUUUAAUCUUAAAACUUCCCGAGAAUAUCAAAAACUCAAUUAAAAGCUUGGAUGAAAUACCAUACAUACAAGAUAUUUGUGAAGUAACUCAAACAUAUAUUGAACUUAAUAAAAAUAACCAGUUAAUUAUAUAUGGUCGAAAUGAUAUUAAUAUAUCAGAAGCCAGUAGAUUACUGAAUAUUGCUUGGAAAAAGUCAGAUCAAAGUGAAGCACAAGUUGUAUUAAUUAACCCGAGUAACGAUAAAUUAUCCGAGCAUUUAUUUUUACCUAUUCAUGACGAUGAUCCGAUACCAAAUUACCAUAGAAAUAUGAAUUGGUAUCGUGUUGAUAAAACUAAAAUUAAGGGUGAUGAUGAGUUUAUAUUAGACGACCAAGAUUUAUUAGAUUCUAAAUUAAGCAUCUUAUAUGAAAAUGAAAGGCAUGAAAUAUUUUUAAAAGAACCUUUAUGGGCAACACUUAAUUCAAAUAAUAAUAAUGAAGAAUCAAAAAUCACCAGUUUUAAAAAAUUGGGUGAAUUUUUUAGAAGCUAUAUGAAAGAAGGUUCGACUUCAAAUUCACGACUUGAGUUAUAUGCAAUUUUUGGAUAUAUAUUAUUCCAUGAAAAUUCAAAUCACAAUAAUAAUAAUUUAUUUAUGCCACCAAUAUCUGAGUCCUUUAAUAUUUCAAGAUUUCAGGAAUGGGUUUCACAAAAAAAUCCUACAAAAAUAUUUCUUCCAAGACUGAGCGUACUAUUUGACGUUGUUGAUGAUGAUUUGAAAAUCAAGGAUUUCAUUAUGUCUAGAAGACGUCUUUUUAUGGACACAUUAAUGAUGGAUCGCUUAAAAGAUUUUCGACUUGUAUCAGCUUUGAAUAAUUCUCUACUUGGAUUUCAAGAUGUUACAGAAUUUUCUAAUCAAUGUAAAUUAAAAAGUUUACAAAAUAUAUUAUGUCCAAAAAAAUAUUAUAUUACUUUAAAUCGUGACAAUGAUAACAAGGUAACUAUUCCAUAUGAGUUGGAACGAGCUUCAAUAAAUAUCAUUGACUAUUAUGAUUAUAAAGGUUUUAUCCUGUCAACAAGAAAAAUUUUCGAGAAAGAGUCUGAUCUUGCUAGAACAGAAAUUAGAUUGCUUUAUAAACCAUCAUCAUUAAUAAUAGAACAAAAUGAUCGUGAUAGUCAAGAGGUGCAACAAUUGGCGGGGCAGGAACAAUCGGUGAAGGAACAAGUGGAGCAGACGGAACAGCCGAUAGCCAAUGAAUUAAAUAACAAAUCUUCGGAAGAAAAUAAUGAAAGCAAUGAUCCAGAAACUUGGGAGAAUUAUAUUUUAACCACGUUAGAUAUUGCCAACAAAUUAAAAUCUUAG